AGUUUAAUUUAGUUUUAUAUUGAUAUUGUCUGAUUUCCGUUUUGUUAAAAUUACAAAUUUUCGCCCACGGCAUGUUUAUGCAAGUCGAUAAUUGUUUCAAUCGAUAAUACAACGAUUAAUCAAUAGUACAAUGUUUACAAAAUAUUUCAGGUGUAUUUCGCUUAAAGGCGAUUUUAACUAGUUUUAGUCAUGUCUAGUCUUAGUGUAAGUGCAACACUCUUGCUCCUGGGGGCGUUUGUGGCCAGCUGCCAUGCUUCGAACGGUGACCGCACACAGUUUUUUCACAACUGUCGGCAGAACUGUGAGCGAACAAACUGUUCGGCAGAUGGGCUGGAGAUCCAGGAGCAGGCGAUCAAGUUCUACAAGCAGUCUGUGUUUGACCGGCUCUUCCAGUGGAGCUGCGCGGACGAAUGCCAGUACGGAUGCAUGUGGCGCACGGUUUUUGCCUUUUUCGAGCGCGGAUGGCCCAUUCCCCAGUUCUAUGGCAAGUGGCCUUUUCUCCGCCUAUUGGGCAUGCAGGAGCCGGCUUCAGUGAUAUUUUCCGGCCUAAACUUUGCCGUACACCUGCGGAUGUUGCGUAAAUUUCGGAGGGAAGUGCGUCCCGACAGCCCCUGCUACAUGCUGACCCAUAUAUUCGCAGUGACGAGCCUUAACGGCUGGGUUUGGUCAGCUAUAUUUCACACGAGAGACUUCCCGUUGACCGAGCUGCUCGACUACGCCUUUGCCUACUCCAUAAUCCUGUGCUCGCUGUACGUCAUGGUCAUGCGAAUGCUGCACCGAUAUUCCUUGUUCCUGCGUGGUGUGAUCUCGCUGGCUUUCAUCUCCUACUAUAUUAACUAUUUUGCUUACCUGAGCGUUGGUCGAUUUAACUACGCUUUCAACAUGAUGGUUAACGUGGCAACGGGAGUAAUUGCGGCCGUGGGCUGGUUCGUUUGGUGCCAUUUUGUGCGCACUCGGAGGCCCUAUUUCCGGAGGAUCCUGCGCUUCUACGUUCUCAUGGCUCUCGCCAUGAGCCUGGAGCUACUAGACUUUCCGCCCAUUCUAUGGAUUCUGGAUGCACACGCUCUUUGGCACCUGGCCACCGUUCCCUUGGCUUCUCUCUAUUAUGACUUUAUGAUCGAGGACUGUCGAACCCUGCGAAAAGAGAAGGCCGCGGCAGGCGGCUAUGCGUUUUACAACUAGGAUAAUCCUGAUAUUUAUAGCUCUUUAUAUUCUGGUUAUUGUCUUUGGUGAAUUUCUUAUGAAUUCCUGUCAAAGCAAAACUGCCUGCCCAAUUUUAUCUAAAAGGCCAUGAGCAAAAGCACCUCUGACAGUGGCCAGAACUGCAGGGGAAGAACUCGCUUCGUUUAAAAAGACAUAAUAGAGACUUUAUUACAACA